AUGCCCGUUCCAUUUCUUGGGAGGUUGCACCUCACAGAGUACGUCGCUCUUGUCGGCUCGUUCUUAUUUGUCGGGCUCGAGGCAAUCAUUCGAGUCCUGACUCUGGCCUUGCCGCCCUUCUUGGUCAACCUCUUCUACCGAGCGUCGCGUCGCAUAUUCCUCAAGUUCUCAUCGCCAGCCCAAAAUAAGGCCGACAACAGGAAGAAGUCUAUAUCUACUUCUGUCCGCGAUGCCGCCGAUUUCGUUGAGCUCUGUCGGCUAUGGGGCUACGAGGCUGAGGAGCACAUUGUACAGACCAAGGAUGGCUUCCUUCUCGGCGUUCACCGGCUGCAGUGGCGCAAAGGUGAGGAGGGACAACAGGUCAACAGUGGGCCGACAAGCAUGAAGAAAAGAGUCGCCUAUCUGCAUCAUGGGCUGCUCAUGAACUCGGAGGUAUGGGUCGCGCAGACAGAUGAGCAGCGCUGUCUGGCGUUCGAGCUGGUAGAGAGAGGCUUCGAUGUCUGGUUUGGCAACAAUCGAGGCAACAAGUAUUCAAAGAAGUCGAUCCACUCGUCGCCCGAUUCACUCAAAUUCUGGGAUUUCUCUAUUGACGAGUUUGCCUUUCACGACAUUCCCGAUUCAAUCGAGUACAUCCUCGACACGACCGGCCAGAAGAGCCUGUCAUACAUUGGCUUUUCGCAAGGCACCGCGCAGGCUUUCGCGACCUUGGCGAUCCAUCCUAAGCUCAACAGCAAAGUCAAUGUGUUCAUUGCCCUUGCGCCUGCGAUGGCGCCCGCUGGCCUGUCUAACGGAAUCGUGGACUCUUUGGUAAAGGCUUCGCCUCAAGUACUGUUCCUCCUUUUCGGACGGCGGUCCAUUCUCAGCUCAGCAACCAUGUGGGAAACACUGCUCUACCCGCCCUUGUUCAGCCGGGUCAUCGACAUGGGUCUCGCAUUCUUGUUCAACUGGCAAACCAAAAACAUCUCAGCAAGCCAGAAACUGGCGGCGUACCCGCAUCUAUAUUCCUUCACGAGCACCAAGUCGGUCGUUCACUGGUUCCAAAUCAUCCGCAACCGUUCCUUCCAGAUGUACGACGACAACGUCCAGCAACCCAUGAGCGUCACAAACUCCAACAAAUUCUCAAAAGUUGCCAAAUACCCUACACGAAACAUCCGCACCCCCGUGGUCCUUGUGUAUGGCGGCAGUGAUUCCUUGGUCGAUAUUAAGGCAAUGCUCAAGGAACUUCCUCCCCAGACCGUCGCCACCGAGAUUCCGCAUUACGAGCACCUCGACUUCCUCUGGGCGCGCGACGUCGACAUUCAAGUCUUCCAGCACGUGUUUGAUGCUCUGGACAGCUUCACCGAUGCCGGUCACACCAAGGAAGAGUACGAUCGGUACUUCACCGCCCGCCAGGAGAGUCUGAUAGGAUCAGGCUUCACGCCCGGGCACCACCCGCGCGGCAGUGAGAGCGAGGCAUCGACGAUCGCCACAGGGAACGACAUGCCCGAACACAUCCGUCAUCGAGCCAUCGAGCAACGUCCCAAGCCCAAGCUUGCCAACGGCUCGGAUGAGGCCGGGUGGUCGACCUCGCCUGAGACGACAACGCCCACCAGAGCCACCCAUUCUGUCGAUGGCGAGUCUCCCUUCACUCGUCCCAACAGAAGCCACGCCCGUCACGGAAGCGGCACCAGCAUCAGCCUCGACCCCACCAGCGUGGUCACCACCCAUGGUGUCAAAGGUGCAAUGGAGGAACGCUUCGAUUUGUGA